UUGUUUUGGUUUUUCUUUUUUAUGCUUAAAGUUAAAGAUUUAUUUGAAUAACAGAUGGCGGAUUUUGGAGCCGAAUCUGGUGGACGCCUUAAGGGCGUUACCAUUGUGAAACCAAUUGUGUAUGGUAACAUUGCACGCUCCUUUGGUAAAAAACGUGAAGAAGAUGGACACACACAUCAGUGGAAGGUGUACCUUAAGCCCUUCUAUGAUGAGGAUAUGUCCAUUUAUGUAAAAAAGGUGCACUUUAAGCUGCACGAGAGUUAUGCCAAUCCAAAUCGCAUUGUAGUUAAGCCACCGUACGAAGUAACUGAGACGGGCUGGGGUGAAUUCGAAGUGGUCAUAAAAAUUUACUUCAAUGACCAGUCGGAACGACCAGUGACCUGCUAUCAUAUACUAAAGCUCUUUCAGUCGCCGGUGGUUGAUGGCGAGCUUAGCACCACCACAACAAUGGACACCAAGAAGGGUCUGGUUUCAGAGGCCUAUGAGGAGAUUGUAUUUCAGGAGCCUACGCAAAUUAUGCAGCAUUAUUUAACGCUCUCUGAACAGAGUGCCAAUGGCUUGCUCCACCACGAUACAGAUUUUGAAGAGAAGAAGGAAAAAACACUGGACAACAUUGUGAAUGUGAAACAGAAGGUUAAAACCGAAAUACUCACGCUCAAAGAUAAAUUAAAGUUAGCUCGUGAAACUAUUGUUAAAUUUAAGGCUGAAUUGGCUAAAGUACAAAAGCCACCGGCAUAGAUUUUAAAUUAUUUUUUAGAAAUAAACUUUUAUGUAAGCUUAAAUAAUAAAUUGCC